UUCCUAAAUUCCUUGACUAGAACACGGAAGUAGGAUUGGAGACGACUGUGUCACAGACAGAAGGGGAUUUAGUUAUACUUAGACUUUGAAUUCCUUGCGUGGAGUAACGAAAGAUCAACUGAAGACUGAAAAUGUCUAAACUACAGUUGCUGCGUGUGUUUUUAAAUGAGCGUUUAACGGCGGCAGCUCUGGAGAUUUUCGGGGCAGUUGAGAAAACGGUAGUGGAAUACCAGGAGGAGAAUGAUCGGCUACGGAGACUGCUGCAGAUCACUCCAGAGAUACAACUAUAUAGAAUAGUCCCUCCAGACUCCCUGCAGCUCUCUGCCUAUGAAGAGGAGGUUCCCCCUGAGCAGCAGGAGUGGAGCCCCAGUCUAGGGCAGAAGGACCCAGAGCCCACACAGAUUAAAGAGGAAGAAGAGGAAGUCAGGACCAGUCAGGAGGAAGAGCAGCUUCCAGGGCUGGAGGCUGAUAUCAUGGAGUUCAUAUUCACUCCUUCCUUUGUGAAAAGUGAAUGUGAUCUGGAGGACCCACUUCAGUCCUUGACUCUUCCCCAAACCCAGACUGUGGAGAACAGAGAGAGUGACUCUAAACCAGUGGAUCUCAAACCUUUUGCCACUGUAACCCACCUAAAGGGUCUUGACAUUCUCUGUGACCCUACAGAUACUGAAAACAUUGCCUCCAGCCAUAGCUCAGCCGCAAGCAGGGACCCAGUAGGACUUGACAUCAGCCGACCAUUGGAUCCAAACCCACCAAUGGGGGAACACGGUUCCAAACCCAGCACCACGUCUAGAAAAACUCCCCACUGCCGUGACUGUGGUGAAACGUUUCCUCUGAAAGCUGACCUGCAGAGGCACGUGACUCUUACCAAGAAUAUAAUCAGUGAAUGCCGCUUCUGCAAUAAACAAUACAAUUCCACCUGUAAAUUGGAGGCCCAUGUCCAACUCUGUCACAUUGAGAAAUCCUGCACCUGCCCUCUUUGUGGCAAGACCAUCAAACAUAAAGGAGAUCUGUCCAGGCACAUGAGUAUUCACACAGGAGAGAAACCAUUUAGCUGCGGUGACUGUGGAAAAAGUUUCAAUCAGAAGGGGCACCUGAACUUGCACAUACUGAGUCACACGGGAGAGAAACCAUUUAACUGUGGUGACUGUGGGAAAAGCUUCUAUCAGAAGGGAGACCUAGGGAAUCAUAUACUGACUCACACACAAGAGAAACCAUUUAUCUGUGGUGUCUGUGGGAAAAGCUUCUAUCAGAAGGGACACCUUACAGAUCAUAAACGGACUCACACAGGAGAGAAACCAUUUAGCUGUGGUGACUGUGGGAAAAGCUUCAAUUUGAAAGGGAACCUAAGAAAGCAUAAACUGACUCACACAGGAGAGAAACCAUUUAGCUGUGGUGACUGUGGGAAAAGCUUCCGUCAAAAGACUAACCUGCUGACGCAUGUCAAAAACAUCCACAAAGGAAGAAAACAGGAUGAAUAGUGAACGAAAAUUAGGAUAAAGAUGUUCUGUCAGAAGAUAGGAAUAACAGGCAGGAUGUGGACAACACUCGUAGGAAAGGAAACGCAACUCUGGAUAAUUUAUGCGGUUGGUUUGAGAUCAAUAGAUUUGUGAUGGAUUUACUAUUGUAAAACAUUCUAUAUGAAUACAGUUUGAUUUGAAUUAUGAUGUAAUGAUUAAACAUUACACAGCAUUGUAGGAAGCUCACAGGUCUGCUGUUCAGUCUGUUGAUGUUUUCACGUUAUUAGAAACAGGAAUUCCUGGUCAUUUGUUUUAGAAUGUCUCUCAUGUAUGAGAGAAUGGUCUGACUGAUGCCAUUGACACAUUAAAACGUACACACUUUCUGUAAAAUAUUUCAAAAAUAUUUAACAUUGAUUUUUGACAUAAUGUUGCUCAGUCAUGAUUAAUUGAUUAAAAGCAUUCCAGGUGAAGCUGGUUGAGAGAAAAUAGUAAAAAUAAAGAAAAACCCUUGAAUAAGUCAGUGUGUCCAAACUUUUGACUGGUACUAUUUUUGGACACACCUACUCAUUCAAGGGUUUUUCUUUAUUUUUACUAUUUUUGACAUUUUCUACAAUAAUUUAUUUAGAUUUUUAAGGUUAACCACGAUAUAUAUAUUCAAAUCUAAAGGAUGUAAUUCAACCAGACAGCGCCCUUAUAUCAUGGUAAAAGGCAGCACUUGACCGUUGCACUUGAAUCAUUCCCACAGUGAAUGGCUAGGCUCACUAUGAAACCACACACUAUUACAGAGACUUUGAUAUUAUUAUUUUUAUUUUGCCUUUUAUUUAUACAGGUUUUUCUCAUUGAGAUAACAUCUUUUUUCCAAGAGAGACCUGGUCCAAUAGCAGCAGGGGGAACAACGUUUCAGACAAAAUAACUUACAUACACUAACACAACAUUAAACAAAACUAUAAACACACAUACAGUGCAACAAAAACAUUUUCCCGUAAAAACACGGAAGUCUUGACUAAAAACAGCUGUCCUAAAGACAAUUACACUCUUCUAUGAUAUAUACAUCGAUCAAGUGUUUAAACUCCACCAACGAAACUAGAUCAUCACAUUUUAAAAUGUUCAGGAGAGAAUUCCAGGACCACGGAGCUGAGUAACUAAAACAUUUUCUACCAUGACCUGUUCUCAUUCUUGGUACUGUUAGAAGCAAAUCAGAACGGGACCGUAAUUGAUAUUUAUUUACUGACCUGAAUAAAAACAGAACAGCGAUAAAAUGGCAUUUUCCCCAAUAUUACCGGCAGCAAUUGAUAUGGUGAAAACAAUGUGGGGAGACAGACGCACAGAAACUCACGUCAAUACAUUUGUCAGAUAACACUGUUAAACAAAUAAUGUAUGCUACCAAAUUAUGAUAAGUGUACUAUAUUAGGUAUUAGAUCACUAAAAAACACAACUUUAACGUUACCGUGUAGUUUACCAAUAAAAUGGUCUGACGGUGAAGUGGACAUACUCUGUAUACAUAUCCCGAAAUAAAUUAAUCAUCUCACUACAAUACAUUUUAAUAGAAAGUUAGCAAUAAAUAGAUAAGAUCUUGCUAUCUUGGAAAGGAAAAUACAUUUUUAUUUGUGGAAAAAUCACCCCGAUUAAAUCUUUAGUCAUAUCCUAGGUUACCUAUUUGCUUAUUGUCUUGCCUACACCUAGCGACCAGUUUAUUUUAAAUUAUAUGAGCAAAAUGUAUUUUAUUUUAUUUGAAACGGCAAGCCAGACAAAAAUAAACGGGCUUAUGUAUAUAAUGAAUAUGAAUUUGGAUGGCAGAAAUGAUAAAAUAUUAAAGCAUUAGACCUCUCACAGAUUAUUAAGAAUGUCUCACCUGAUGUUCAAGAAUGGCCUUUUUCCCUUUUUUCAGAUUACAAUCUCUCACUUUUGGUUAUUUGAAAAUGAAAUAAUCUCCAAAAUAUUGCUAUUUUUUUUAAAAACAAGCCAUAGAAAGUUGGUUGCAAUUUCAGUUUAAUCCACCAGAAAAUAACAAAUAUUGUGAUUUAAACUCUGAUUAAAAAAAAGAUAUAUAUAUAAAAAAAAAGAUAUGAAUAAUCUUUUGUAAAGGAUAUCAUAAAUAGGACUGGUGGAGUUAUGUCACACGUGCAGCUAACAAGAAUAUAUGGAAAUGUCUGCUCUACCCAAAAUUACAACCAACUAAUUGCAGCAUUACCUCAAACAUCAUAGGCAAGUGGAAGGUGCAACCAAUAUAAUGUUAUAUAUAUGGGGGAUACAACCUUUCCAGCUAUGCAGAGUUUUGCAGAGUUAUAUGGUUAAUAGAAAUAAGACUGGAUGGACAUUAGUUAUGGCUGCUUUGUGUGAUGUGUUGUUGUCUCUACCUUCUUGCCAUUUGUGCUGUUGUCUGUGCCUAAUAAUGUUUAUACCAUGUUUUGUGCUGCUACCAUGUUGCGUUGCUACCAUUCUGUGUUGUCAUGUGUUGCUGCCUUGCUAUGUUGUCUUAGGUCUCUCUUUAUGUCGUGUUGUCUCUCUUGUCGUGAUGUGUGUUUUGUCCUAUAUUUAUAUUUUAUACUUUUUUUCUUUUUAAUCCCAGCCCCCGUCCCUGCAGGAGGCCUUUUGCCUUUUGGUAGGCCGUCAAUGUAAAUAAGAAUUUGUUAUUAACUGACUUGCCUAUUUAAAUAAAAAUCAGAAAUAGAUGGGAGAGGUGAAGGUUAGAGGAAGGAUAGGAGUAAAAACAAACAAAAUAUAACUUUUGUAAAAUGGAUUGUGUCCAUAAAAUGUAUAUAGUAUGUAUAAGCUGGAAGUAGAAGCGUAAAUGUUGUUGUUCAUUAGUUUACUCCAAUUAGGGGAGGGGUGGUAUGGUUAGUGAAAAAUACAGGAAAACAUAUUUUUAAAAGAUGUAUAUAGAGUGCAUAUGGAAAGUAUUCAGACCUCUUUACUUUAUCCACAUUUUGUAACAUUAUAGCCUUAUUCUAGAAUGGAUUAAAUUGAUUAAAAAACCUACUACACACAAUACCCCAUAAUGACAUCACAAUACCCCAUAAUGACAAAGCAAAAACUGUUUUUUUAGAAUGUUUUGCACAUUUAUAAAAUAAACUGAAAUAUCUAAUUUACAUAA